AUGUCGAAGGUUUCGCGUGAAUCGCUCAACGAUGCGGUUGCUGAGGUCCUUAAGGGAUCGGCUGAAAAGCCAAGAAAAUUCAGAGAGACAAUCGAGCUCCAAAUUGGUCUUAAGAACUACGACCCACAAAAGGACAAGCGUUUCUCAGGAUCUAUCAGGUAGCUACGACCUGUUUUAACAGGGAGCCUUUCUUUUUGAUUGGCGGACCCCCACCCAGGGUUUCCAAAUUGGGUAGGCUUUAUAGCCGAAAUUGUAUCGUAUUAGAUAAGCAAUUUUUGUUUGUCGGUAUGGUUUGACCUGAAUUCUGUAUUUAUUCUGAUCGUUCAAACUCUUGUUUUGCAGACUCAAGCACAUCCCACGUCCAGGAAUGAAGGUUUGCGUUUUCGGAGACCAACAUCACAUCGAUGAGGCCGCCGCCACCAACAUCCCAUCAAUGAGCGCUGAUGACUUGAAGAAACUCAACAAGAACAAGAAGCUCAUCAAGAAACUCGCCAAGAGCUACGAUGCCUUCAUUGCUUCCGAAUCACUCAUCAAGCAAAUUCCACGUAUCCUGGGUCCAGGAUUGAACAAAGCCGGAAAAUUCCCUUCCGUCGUCACCCACUCCGAAUCCCUUGCCGCCAAGUCUGAAGAGAUCCGUGCCACCGUCAAAUUCCAAAUGAAGAAGGUUCUCUGUCUCUCAGUCGCCGUCGGACACGUUGGACUCACCCAAGAAGAGCUCGUCGCCAACAUCGCUCUCUCAAUCAACUUCCUCGUCUCGCUUUUGAAGAAGAACUGGCAAAACGUCAGAUCUUUGAACAUCAAAUCGACCAUGGGAAAAGCACAAAGAGUCUAUUAA